GCGAUCCAUGAGGAAGCGCGUGCGCCUUCGUUGGCGUCGCGACGCGUAUUGGAUGGAGGAGCACGUAUAUCAGCUACGGUAGCAAGCAGACAGCCAGGCGGGCGGGUUCCCGUGCUAUUUUUUUUUCGUCAUUAUCUGAUUGUGAGUUUAGUGUGAGAAAACAGCGGCAGAUAGGAACAUGUAACGGCAACAAGCUACGAAGAUGAUCAGAAGCCGUUCUCUUCGAGAUCUCGCAACUCGACCGCUUCCGUUUUCACAGCUUUCCAAAUAAGCGAUCAUCAUCGCGUUUAAUACAUCUUCAGCUACUGUGCAGUGUAUCAUUUCGUGCGCUUCCCGGGGAAUCUUCGACCUGCAUCUUCCUUUAAAUUUUUUCUUUUUUCACUACAGCAAGAAAAAGGAGAAAAAAAAAGAGCACUCAUGUGUCAGUUUGCUCUGUUUCGUUCCGUGUGCUUCGUUCUAAUUGAUCGAUAACACAAACCUGGAUAAUUGGGUCGCGCUAAUCGCAACUCGAAUAGCACGGAAUCACGCCUUCAUUAACGAAAAGAAAGAGAAGGAGCAAGAAAAGAAAGAAUUAGAAAAUGAAGGAGAAUUUUCGCUGGGAGACGAAUAAGAGAGUCAUUAACCGUUUAUGAUUUGUUCGUAUGUCUUGGUCCACGUCCACAUAUAUGAUGAAACUGCAGCUGCUUGUCAUCGAGACGGACUACUGUUGGAGGAAAGCGUUGCUUAGGAUGGUAUUAGAUCCCAAGGCCACUAGUUUGCACAACGAUUACGGAAGUUUCGAUCGACCGUUGGGCGCCGGGGAGGGCCACGAGAGGGACGUUGAAGCGGCGGUUGAUGGAAGCAGCAGCGGGAUGGCACAGUCCAGCGAUGUUUAUCAACGGCACCCGCUCUUGCCCGGCGCGCCGUUAUCCAAGAGCAAGGAUAAGUGGUCCGGAGUGGCCUCGGGUUCGGACUACUACGAGGAUGAUGAGGAUGAGAAGGAUAUCGAAGGUCUGGGCAGACAUCCUGGGAUACCGAAUGGUUCCAACAGUGGCAUCGUCAAGAUCGACAUGCCGGCGCCGCUGCGCGAAGAGCCACGUUUCCCCAAGGAAAAAUGGAAAACGUUUCUCGCAUUUCUAUUUAUGGUUGUAAACUUCAUACUGACGACGGCUUCCCUCGCAAUGGUACACGAGCGCGUUCCAGACAGAAAUGCGUACGGACCGCUUCCCGAUGUGGUACUAGACAAUGUCACUGCUCAGGAUUGGGCUCUUAAUGUCUCGGAAGUCUUGAUUAUGAUCAUGUCCAAUUCCGCGAUGGUUUUUAUUAUUUUUCAUAAACAUAGAUUCAUAGUAGCUAGACGAAUAUUUCUGCUGAUGGGCUUGCUCUACAUGAUGAGAAGCGUUACAAUGUACGUGACGGUCUUACCGAUCGCCAGUAAAACUUACUAUUGUAGCCCGAAGGCGAACAAUACCAGUCCGCUUCUCGUGACAAAGAGAGUCUUGCAGCUCAUCUCCGGCUUCGGUUUGUCCAUUAAUGGCAAACACACUUAUUGCGGAGAUUAUAUUUACAGUGGGCACACGGUUGUGCUUGUACUCAGUUACCUGAUUAUUAAGGAGUAUUCUCCAAGAAGAUGUCAACCGAUUCAUUGGUUAGCUGGUUUAGCGGUACUCGUCGGGGUAAUUAUGGUCUUGGUAGCUCAUGGCCAUUAUACCGUGGAUGUACUUAUAGCUUACUACGUUACUACGCGUCUGUGGUAUAUUUAUCACACGCUAGCCAAUAAUCCAAAUCUCAAGCAAUACGGACCAAACAAUUUUUUGGCCCGGCUCUGGUGGUUCUCUAUUUUCAAGUAUUUUGAGAAGAAUGUGGGCGGAACAGUGCCACGACAAUAUGACUGGCCUCUACCCUGGCCUCGACGGUUUCUUGCCAAGCACCCUAACCGGGAUAGUUAAUACUUGUCUUGAUUUUAUGAUAGAGGCUGUUAAAAACAAAGGAGUUACUUUUGUUGUAUAUAUUUUACACAAUACAUUUAUAUACACACAAUACACACACACACACACACACACACACACACACACAUACACACACACACACUCCACACAUACCUACGCACGCAUUCACAAAUGUAUGUAUAAAUUGAGGCUUGUUAACGUGGAAUUCACUAAAGAAUAUGCAUGGGACGUACGAUUGUUUUCAGAGUAACUGCACAUUCAUUGUUGAAGCAUGAAAUUUUGUGUUGUUCACUUCUUUAUAAUCCAUGUGAACUCUUAUGUAGACACAAUACCCGUGCUCUUUCACGUGAAGUUAUCGUCCAGUCAGCCCGAAUUUAUUUUUUGUUUGAUUUUUAUACAAUUUAUAUACAAUAUAAAGAAUAGAUAUAGAGAGAUGGAUUUUAUGAUAAUAUAAAGAUUCGAAUAGAGGAAGGUAUUCGAGUUAAUGAGACACAUAUUGAUUCGCUUAUAGCGUUUAUAUUUUCAAAUAGUUACAAAUUGAAAGUAAUAUAAUAGAUAAGUAAACAUAGGAUAAAUGUGUGUUUUUAAAAACUCGAGCGAUAUUAUGCAAUAAGAAGUACUUGUAAAUUUUAAAGGGCCAUUGUAAAUAAAUAUUAGGACAAAAUAUAAAUCCUUCCUCUAAACGAAUCUUUGACGUUACAUGCUCGACUUGAGUCGACGUCUCGAUCUUCCAAUGUCUAGACGUCGUAGUCCUUGACUUUGCAUUCGCGAUACGAAUUAUUCCGAUGAAAAACGAUUUUGCAAACGAAUUUGCCAAAAAUGUAUUGUAGACUCGUGAUGCCCUAAUUAAAGUUCUAUAUUGUCGAUCAUCCUCGAAAUUGUUUCCUUCGUGCUUUGGAAAGAAAUACCGAGUAUCCAAUACUAGAAGCGAUUGUGCAAUUUCGUGGGACCAAAACAAGAACGCUCAAUAGUAAAUAUUAAUUCAUAUAAUGUUGACAAAUUAAACACACCGAGUCAUAAGAAGACAUCUCCAUUAUAUAUAUAAAGUUGAUAAAAAGUCUUAAUUAUAUUAUUAAGGAAUUCCGUAACUUUGGUUAAAUUACAUAAUAUAUGGUCCAUCACAAAUGGAAUUUGCAUCUCUUACCUGCCAUAUGUACAAAUUGUAUAUAUACGAAUCGAUAAUAACAAUAACUUGUAUAUAUAGCAGGUAAAAGAUUCAAAUUUCAUUUGCGAUGGACCAUACAUUACAUAAUUUAAUCAAAGUUAUUAAUCAAAAUUCCUUAACAAUAUUUUUAAAACU